AUGCUGUAUAGAAAACCUCCCACUUCGAGUAUUCCUUAUAGAAAUUCUGUUACAAUGCUUUUUUUCAGAUUACUUGCUGCUGAAGAACAGGCAAAACUUUGUCGUGACGAUUCUACGGAAGAUCCGCUCGCUGACUCUGGAGAUGAUGAUGACGACGACGAUGUUGAAGUGACGAUUGGUGUGAUACCGCCUAAAAGGUUCCCGACUGGAUGUGGACGAGAUACAUGGAAUACGUACUGUGAGCGGCAAAAGAAAUUAAGACAGGAAUAUGGUCAUCAGGCAGCAGCCAACAAAGCCUUGUUCUCAUCGAUUAACCUUGCCAACCCGCUUGGAAUGCCUCCGACUGGAGGACGACAGUUGGUCCCGCUGACUGAGGGAGCUGUUAGGGGUUUGACGGACAAGGGUGGGAAGUUCAAGCCACAUUACCACAAACUUGCCACAGAUACAUCGGAGCAUUUGAGAACAGGUUAUUGCUGGUCCCAACAUCAAUAUGCUCCAACGGAACCCCCUGCGAGAUGGUAUCCCGGUGUCGAUAUAAUUGGGCCGCCCGGAGUUGAUGGUCCACCAGGAGUCCGUAUUGGAACCACAAACAAUACCCACCCUAGGGUCGGGAAACGAAGUCGCGACACUGGACGAGAUCGUGAACGUGAUGAACGGCGUGAACGCGAAAAAGAACGUGACAAGGAGAGGGAAAAAGAUCGUGACAAAGAUCGAGACAAGGAGCGCGACCGUGAGAGGGAAAGGGAACGUGAACGAACAGAACGCUCCGAGCGAAGCACUAGGCGGCAUCGUUCAAGAAGCGGUAGCGCUGAAGGUCGCAAACGUCGUGAUGAUCGUGAUAAGGAUAAGAAGCGUGAAAGACGGGAUGAAGAUGGUGAUAGGAAGAGAAGGCGACACGAUAAGGAGAAGGACAAGGACGACGAUGGAGAUCGGCGAGACAGACGAAGCGACGAUCGCGACCGGCGGGAAAAGCGAUCGCGACGCGAUGACCAGGUAAAACAGGAGGAACCUGAGAUGGGUGGUGACGAACCACCUCCACCUGGAGUAGACGUGGAAAUGAGCACG